GAGGAAGAAUUUUGACUGAGAAGGUUGUGUGUGGGUAAGAGCAGGGCGUCAUGAUAUGUAAAACACAGAGGGAAGAGGAAAAGAGAAAGUGGGUGUGUUGGAUAAAGAGGGUUGUUGGUAUAAAAGCCUCCCCUCACAUGUGUGCACUGUAUAUCCAUUGUGGUGUUUUUGGAAGGAGUUUGAGCCUGUGUUUGUGUAUAUGUGCAUGCAUUUAAAAGGAAGUGUGUUAAGGGCCUUCAGAUAAAGAGGACGGAUAACUUUUCAGGAUGCAUCAGUUAUCGGUGGGGGCUUUGGUAGUGCUGGCACUCUGCUCUCUUGCAAGUGUGGAUUCUUCAGCCUAUGACAAGAUAGUCACCCACAGCCGCAUACGAGCCAGGAAAGAAGGGCCCAACAUGUGUGCUCUGCAGCAGGUCCUGGGAACCAAGAAGAAGUACUUCAGCACAUGUAGGAACUGGUACAAAGGUUCUAUCUGUGGCAAGAAGGCUAUUGUCCUAUAUGAAUGUUGCCCUGGGUACGUGAAGCUGGGGGACAUGGCAGGAUGCCCAGCAGUGGCUCCGAUUUACCAUGUUUAUGGUACACUUGGGUCUGUGAUGGCCACAACCACACAAAGGUACGCUGACAUGUCCAAGCUGAGAGAGGAAAUCGAGGGCAAAGGCUCCUUCACCAUGUUUGCACCAAGCAACGACGCCUGGGAUGAGCUGGAGCCUAAUAUAAAAGCUGACCUGGAGAGCAAUGUGAAUGUUGAGCUGUACAACGUUCUUCACUUGCAUAUGGUUAAUCGCCGUCUUCUGACCAAAGACAUGAAGAAUGGCCUGGUUGUCACUUCCAUGUAUAACGACGUGGGGUUGCAUAUCAACCACUAUCCAAACGGGAUUGUAACAGUGAAUUGUGCCAGGAUCAUCUAUGGUAACCAGAUUGCCACAAAUGGAGUGGUGCAUGUCGUCGACCGAGUCAUCAAGCCAUUUAAUAACACCAUCAAGAACAUCUUGGAAGAUGAUGAUGAUCUAUCCUCAUUCAGUGCUGCAGCUAUAGCUUCUGGUGUAAUGGAAAAACUGGACAAACCUGGUCAUUAUACUCUGUUUGCUCCAACUAAUGACGCUUUUGAUAAAAUAAACCCAGACGACUUGGAGAGGCUAAUGGAUGACAAAGCUGUAAUUACAGCAUUGGUGAACUAUCACAUGUUGAACAGUGUCCAGUGUGCGGAAGCAAUCAUGGCAGGAUCAGAAUAUGAGACGGCGGAAGGCAGCACAAUACAGAUUGGCUGUGAUGGCAACAGUCUGACUGUCAAUGGAAUAAAAAUGGUGGUGAAGAAGGACAUCGUAACAUCAAACGGAGUCAUUCACCUCAUAGAUCAGGUCCUCUUCCCUGACUCAGCCAAAGAUGUCAUGGAGCUGAUGGGAGACUCCCAGAGUACCUUUGGGGAUAUGCUGUCUGAAUUGGGUUUGUCAGCUGCCCUGGGUUCAAAGACAGAGUACACACUCCUUGCUCCUCAGAACAGUGUAUUCAACGAGGAGGUGAUGUCAAUAGACCAGAGCCAACUGAAAUUAAUUUUGGAAAACCACAUCUUGAAGUCUAAAGUCACACUGAGCUGGCUUUACAACGGACAACUGCUGGAAACAAUGUCGGGAAAAAUGCUCAGAGUCUUCAUUUACCGCACUGCUGUGUGCAUAGAAAAUGCAUGCAUGAUGCGUGGCAGUAAGGAGGGAACCAACGGAGCCCUCCAUCUUAUGACGUCACUGAUCAAACCGGCUGAAAAAACAAUGUAUGAACUACUGGUUGCUGAUGGACGGUUCAAGAUUUUCUUAUCACUGAUGGAGACUGCAGGUCUAGAGGAUCUGCUGAAGCAGAACGGUGCCUACACUGUUUUUGUACCAACUGAUGAUGCCUUUGAGGGCCUUAGUCAAGAGGACUUUGAAUUGCUCAAAAGUGAUGUAAACGCUUUAAGAACCAUUCUUCUCUACCACUUCAGUGAUGGUAUCUUCAUCAAUGGAGGAUUAGAGAAACGAGUGACUUACCUGCUUAGAACCCUGCAGGGCAUCAACCUUCAUCUUAAAUCAGUGAACAACUCUGUUACUGUCAACUCAGUGGAUGUGCCAGAAGGUGACAUAAUGGCAAAUAAUGGUGUGAUCCAAGUGGUGAAGAAUGUUCUCUAUCCUGGUGACCUACCUGUGGGCCGUCAGGACCUCCUGGCUCUGCUGCAGAAGAUAAUCAAGUACAUUCAGAUACAGUUCAUUUCAGGAUUCUCUUAUACUGAAAUUCCACUCACCUUCAUAAAGAAGACCAUCACAACCACUCAUUAUGUUGAAGUCCCAGAGUCAACAAAAGUGAUCAGAGUCAUUGAAGGGGAUCCAUCUGUUACCAAGGUUACCAGGGUUAUUGAAGGAGAACCAUCUGUUACCAAGGUUACCAGGGUUAUUGAAGGAGACCCGUCUGUUACCAAGGUUACCAGGGUUAUAGAAGGACAGCCAACCAUCACAAAGGUUACAAGAGUCAUUGAAAAAGAACCAACAGUCACAAGGGUUGUUGUCGAGGGUGAUCCUGCGCUGACCAAAGUGACCAGGGUUAUCGAGGGAGAUCCCUCUAUGACAAAAGUAACCAGAGUCGUUCAAGGACAGCCUACUAUGACCAAGCUUACCAGAGUCAUUAGCGGUAAGUUCGAAACACUGUCAAACAAUGCUUUAACGUUUCAUAUUGUGGCUAAUGAGGAUUAG